AUGGCGUUUUGGGUCGGCUGGGAGCUUUGGGAGAAGCUGAGCGUGGUUCUAGCCUUGCUGAUCGUCCUGGUGCUCUUUUACGCCGGUUGCGUCCUCGGCUGGAAUCGCUGGAUGAUGAUCAAAUACGCCGAGACAGAGGCAAAAGAACGAGAGCGGGAAGCUGAGGUCUACCCAAUGCUGCACAAGGAUGACAUCCCUUUCGGUGCCAGAGCUCUGGAAAGAGGAGUAGAAGUUCAAGGGAUCUGGGUUUCACCCACGCAAAGUCCGUGUCAGCCUGCAACUCCAGUUGCAAGUGAACCGGCCAGUCCAGCGCCAGGGUCGCUAUAUAGAAUCGCUGACACCCCCAGCUCCUCGGUGGAAUCCCCAAGUUCCCUGAUCAGCCCAAAGCCUAUGCCACCAGCUGCCCGACGUGAAGUCGUUUCCGAGCUCGACCUAGCCUCCGCAGGCUUCAUCUACGAGGACCACAGACCCGCCGGACUUCAUAGUCGAUCCAGUCUACCCAUCAACCCAAAUGCCAUGCGCAUGUCACCUGCACGGGAGGAAUUAAUGAUCGGCUUGAAGGACACAGCAGGCAGCGGAAAGCGUGUUAGCUUCCACACGCGGCUAUUCGGUGCAGCCUCUAGUCCCGACACUAAGGACUACCGAGGAGGAUUGGAUGGCGCCGAUGAAGACAUGGACUAUGUCUCGGCCAUCAGUGAGUCAUCUUCUGGUUUUUCAUCAGAGAACAAGCGGAGCUCACGAUCCAUGAAACGUCUUCGCCGGCGAUCAUCGGAAGAGUUCCGACGUAGGAUGAGCCAAAUCUUCAACGACAAUGUCGAGGUGGGGCUGCCAGCCGACCAGCUGGAGUUCAACCCGGCUCUGCGCCAGUACCAGAGACGUAUGGAGGGAGAAGAGCAAUUCGAGGACAAUGGGCUUCCUGGCCCAGGUGCUCCGACCCCGCUUUCUGCGCUUGACGGUGUUUCUGGCUUGACUGCUAGGGAUAUUAAGUUGUUCGUGGAUGCAGGGUAUAACACUGUCGAGUCUGUCGCCUACACGCCCAAGCGGUUGCUGGAACAGAUCAAGGGUAUAUCGGAACAAAAGGCUACCAAGAUCCUAGUAGAAGCCUCAAAACUGGUGCCCAUGGGCUUCACAACGGCAACCGAAAUGCAUGCCCGAAGAAGCGAGCUCAUCUCGAUUACAACGGGAUCCAAGCGACUUGACACAUUACUCGGAGGUGGUGUUGAAACAGGUUCUAUCACGGAGAUUUUCGGAGAGUUCAGAACGGGAAAGAGUCAGAUUUGUCACACUCUCGCAGUGACCUGCCAGCUGCCUUUUGAUAUGGGUGGCGGCGAGGGCAAGUGUCUUUACAUCGAUACUGAGGGCACUUUCCGUCCAGUGCGGCUGCUUGCGGUCGCGCAGCGAUACGGUCUUGUUGGCGAGGAAGUCCUUGAUAAUGUGGCAUACGCACGAGCAUACAACUCGGACCACCAGCUCCAAUUGCUUAACCAGGCCUCCCAGAUGAUGUGUGAGACGCGGUUCUCGCUCCUGGUUGUUGAUUCGGCGACAUCUCUGUACCGAACGGAUUUCAACGGUCGUGGUGAGCUCGCCUCACGGCAGACUCAUUUGGCUAAGUUCAUGCGUACCUUGCAACGCCUCGCAGAUGAAUUUGGCAUUGCAGUCGUGAUCACGAACCAGGUUGUUGCCCAAGUCGAUGGUGGUCCUAGUGCCAUGUUUAACCCAGAUCCUAAGAAACCCAUUGGUGGUAAUAUCAUCGCUCAUGCCAGUACCACUCGACUCAGUCUGAAGAAGGGCCGUGGUGAGACUCGAAUUUGCAAGAUUUAUGAUAGUCCUUGUCUUCCGGAAAGUGAUUGCCUGUUCGCUAUCAAUGAUAAUGGUAUCGGCGAUCCUAGUGAGAAGGAUUUGGAAGAUAAAUGA